AUGUUGAAUGCCGUCACCGCCAAACUUAUGGAAAUGAAAAAGGCCACAAUUAUUGCUUCUGAGAAGAAGAAUCACGAGGAAGAAAAAGACAAACAAUUCGAAGAGAUAGAGAGCUUAAAGGCUCAGUUAUCAGCCGCUCGAAAAGAAAAUGAAAAGUUGAAGGGCGGCAUGUUUGCGGGCGGCCCCGGCCUCCUCCUACGCCGCACGAGCACCAGCGUCGGGCCACGCCCGAGCUCCUCCGCCUGCGCGUGCCCCCAUGGCCUCGACCGCCGGCUGCCGCCCGGCUCAUCCGCCUCCUGCCCCGCGCCCGGCUUCCGCGGCCUCCGCGCGGCCAACCCCGAGCUCGGCCCCUCUGCAUCGGCCCGCACCUCCACAAACAUGUGCCCCGGCCACCGCCUGCCAGCCACCGCCACCCCAACCGGCUCCGGGUCCCCGCUCCGAGUCGCCUCCGCCUGCGGCCGGGCACCCCGCUUCGGCCGUCUCUGGGUCUCACGCCGGCCUCUCCACCUCCUGCGCCGGCUCCGGUGGCCGCCCCAUCCCUCAACCCGACCGCCGGCUCCCCAGGCCGGCCCGACCAACCGCCCGCUCCCCUCUCGAUCCGGCCCGCCGGCUCUGCCUGCGCUGGCUUCUGCCGCGUCCGCACCCAGGCCGACACCGCGCGCGCCGGCCGCCUGCCGGCUCCUGCCACCCAGCCGACUCCACCGCCUGCCGGCCACCGCCACCCCGGCCGACUGCGGCCCCGCUCCCGCGCCGGCUGCGCCGGGCCCGGCCGGCUCCGGCCUCCCCCUCCGCCUGGUCGCGCUCGCGUCCGCCUACCACGCCUGCAGGCCCCGUUCGGCUCCGCCCGCAUGA